AUGGACCACUCCUCAGCUGAGCGCCAUCGUCGCCAUUACAUUGUAAUGCUUGCUCGCUCCUAUCUGGCCUAUGGAACUCCCUCGCACCGUAUUGAAACUCAACUAGCAUCUGCUGCAAAGGCUCUUGACAUCCAUGCAGAUUUCUUGCUCAUUCCGAACACCAUAUUUGCUUGCUUCUACGAUCCGAACGAACGUCGGCAGGCGUCCAUGCAUGUAAUCAAGGUUGUCGGUCGAUUGUCCUUGGCGGCAGUUGAAGAUGCGUGGAGCAUCUAUCAAGACGUUAAUUCAUCUCGAAUUACGGCAGAGGUUGGGGCUGAGCGGCUGAAGGACAUAGAGGAUCGCGAGGAGGCUCAGAAGAAGAGGUAUAGAUGCGUCAUCGCGUUUCUCUGUGGCUUUGCUGUCACCCCUCUCGCUUUCGAUGGUUCGUUCGCGGAUGCGCUUGUUGGGGGCGCAUGUGCUGCCGGCUCUGUCCUCAUCGCGGAGUACUUUGCGGCACGUAACGUCCUGGUGGAAAAACUUUUCGAAGUUUUUGUUGCCUUCUUCAUUUCUUUCAUCGCCCGGUUUUUGUAUUCGCAGUGGGAUCAUAGGUUCUGCUAUAGUGCUGUUGCUUCUGGGGGAAUUGUGCUGAUUCUUCCGGGCUUCACCGUCAUGUGCGCAUCGCUCGAGUUGUCCCACAAGAAAAUGCUGACAGGAUCUAUUAAACUUGUUUACGCUAUCUUUUUCGCGUUGAUUCUUGCCUUCGUCCAAACCUCGGGGUCAGAUCUUUAUCUCAAGUUCAACUCGAAUGCGGUUGCAGCUCGCGCAAAGAUGAUUCAAAGUAUCACUGAAACGAACUACCUGAGCGGAACGCUUGUGGCAAACGGCACUUUGAACAUCGCGAAUCUCACAUUGGGUUUCACUCAAGCUCUAGAUCCUGACCGCUCAUAUCCGGAGUGGAAGUAUAAAGGAACAGGGUGUUACCGUGACCCAGGGUGGAUCUGGGUUUUCCAGAAACCGACUCUUGGAUAUUUCUUUCUCAUCGUUCCUGCAUUCGCGUUCUUCUUGACCCUAUGGAACGGCAUGCCGAUCAAGUUCAAGUGGAGAAACACUGAGCAUGUAAUCAUGAUGAUUCUUCUCGCUUGCGGGAGCUACACAGCAAAUCUUGUCGGGACAACAUACCUGACUGGUUCCAUUGGAAGCUCAUUGGGUGCAUUCGUUGUAUCUUUUUUGGGUUCCAUCUACACUCGCCUGAGGAAAGAUAUCACGCCUUUCGUUCUCAUGACCCCUGGUAUUCUUCUGCUUGUGCCGACCGGUUUGACUGCGGUUGGUGGUUUGUCCAAGAACUACACUGGAGAGGAUGACCAGUUUUCAACUGUUCUAAAUACUGGUUUCGCAAUGGUCGAACUCUCCAUUGGUAUCAUUGUAGGAUUAAGUUUAGCGUCGCUUCUCGCAAACCUGGAUGAGGUGUGGCGGUCAGCUGUCGGAAGGUCGAAGACAGAGAAGGUCGCCAUAGCUUUUUGA